AAACAAAGGAAUAAUAGAAUGAAAAUAAACUUUCCAUUGCCUCAACCAAAUACUCCAAUUAUACUAUGUUUUCCAAAACUAUACACAACUUAAAAAUGAGAAAAAAGAGUGACCAUUGAUCACACGAGCAACAAACUAGGUCCAUUACAUGUAGUGAAAGAAACGAGAAAGAAAACUAGGUCCAUUCCAUUUGAUUAUUUCUAUUGUUCAUUUUGGUAAUUAGAACCAAAGGCGUACCCCAUUCAACAUUUUUGUAACAAUUUUUGGGUGUGAAAUAUAAAAGAGUGCUUUGAGUUCAUACCUGAAACAGAGACACCUCAAAUCAAAUCCAUGAAACUUGGGAGAGAAGGAUGAUGGAAGCUGAGAAGAAGAAGCAGCAGAAGAAGAGGAGAAUGUGAUAAAUGCUUUGGAGAAUGGUUGAUGGUUGCAGUGCUAGCGUUGGCGACAAGGAUCCCGACACCGCCAUUGAACAGCCAUUUCCGUACAGUCCUCAGAAGGCCCUUCAUUCUUGCCCAAACCCACAAGAUGGUGGAGAUUCGGGCCACCUUCAAGAGACCCACUUGCCCAAACUGCACCAAACCCGCAUGGCUCUGCCUCUGCUCUCGGAUCAAGACCCCGGAGCUCGACAAUUCCGUUAGUGUGACCAUUCUUCAACACAGUUUAGAGCAAAAACACCCUCUUAAUUCUACUAGAAUUGCUGUACUAGGCCUAAAAAAUGUCACUGUUGCAACUGUUUCUGAUGUCAAUUUGGAAGCGCGGCUUGUAAUUUGGUUACUCGACUCAAAAUCUGAACUUGGUUCUUUUUAUAGCUCGAAUGGAAUGGAGUGCGAUCAAGUUUUGGGAACUAGAGAUACCCAGAAGUUUUUUUUUGAGCAUUGUGAUGGGACAAGUACAGGGGAAGAAAAUGUGGAUGGUUUAGGACAUAAGCUGUUUGUAAAAUUCCCAAAAGAGAAAAGCUUUAGUAUGAUUUGUUCGAAUGAGACGUUUAGCUUGGGGAGAAAUGCGAAUGGUUCUGAGAAUGCUCAAAAUGGAUUAGAAGAUUUGAGUACUGAUAGAAAUUCUGGCUUAUCGAUGAGUAAUGGAACAACUUUUGCAGCUGAAGAUGAAGUUGCUUUGGAAACUCUUAAUGAGAAACUAUUUAAACAACCUGAUGUUGGGGAGAAGAUAUCAGCCGCUAUCAAGUUUAAUGUAGUGUCUGAUGAGAGCGAGCUUCCUAAUUUUAAUUGUGAUCGAAUUGAAGAUGUACAAAAAGGUAAGGAAGGACCUGUUGUAAUGGCUACAAUCGGCAAACAAGGUGUAGUUAGCUGUCUUUCCCAUAGCUGGAUGCUGCAAAACAAUCACGAGAAGCCAAAGUUCAAUACAAUUUUAGACAAUGCCGCGGCACGUUAUGUGCUAGGAAAAGGAUUUAUUGUACAAAAGUUGCAAAAACGGCGGCAGCAGCAGUCGAGCUUGGAGUUGGAAGAGCAUAUAGAGUUUGAGAUCAAAGUUCCUCCAGGAUCUGUACUCUUGUUUCCGACUGAAGAAGCAACGAGUGUUGAUGGACUAAAGGCUGCUAACUUUGAGGUGAAGAAUUUGAUUGUUUUGGAUGGAACAUGGGCAAAGGCAAAGAGAAUGUAUGCUGAAAACCCCUGGUUGAAACUUUUGCCACACUUGAAGUUGGAACCGAACAAGGUAAGCUUGUAUAAUGGAGUGAGGAUGCAGCCCAAGGCUGGAUGUUUGUCAACCAUUGAGAGCAUUGUGUAUACGCUAAAGGCAAUAGGGGAUAAUAAUCUUGAAGGCUUGGAUAAUCUUUUGGAUGUGUUUGAGUCCAUGGUUGGUGACCAAAAGAGAUGUAAAGAAAAGAGGUUAAGAAAUGAUUGAAAGUUUUGAGCCAUAUGAUAAAUUUGGUUUGAUACUAGUAGUUUUUGUUGGGUUUUAUACCCUUCUAAUACCAUAAGAAAUACCAUAUUUCUUAUGUAA